AUAUAUUAGUUUUGUUUAUCACAGAAUAACUAAUUUUCAUUCAUAAAGCUGGAGCCUUGGGAAUGUCAAAGCCACCCCAAAAUUGUUAACUCCCUUUUUAAGUUUUAUCAAUAAUUACAUUUUGCUUUUUAACUGCAUUGUCACCCCUGCUGGAAGCAUUCUUGGUUUAUUUGUGAAAGAUUUCUUAGCGACUUCGUACGACGUAUUCAUCCAAGAAUGUUCGAGAGAAAGCCUAUAAAUAGACAAGAGAAAACCAUAUAUGCAUGCAUGAAUAACUUGCUGGUUUAAGAAAGCACCAAAGAAAUCAAACAGGUUAUGAUAAAAUAGAAUAUAUUUCAGUUCCAUCAUUUGCAAAUUGUAGUUAAAGAAACCGUUUAAAGACAAAAAACCGCCGAAAAACCGUCAGAAAAUCUUAAACUGUUAAAACCCCAAAUUCAUCAUUUUGUUUUGAUUGCAUGAUUUGUUUCUCUUUGGCUAUAAUGGAUGAAAGUCAACAAGAAAUGGGCAUAAAAGUGUACAAUGCAACUCCACCAGCAGAGGAAGGAGGAACAAACAAGAACAAGCGUCGUGCAUUGAUGGCAAAGGGUGUUCAGAAAACUCUAUCUAAAACUUCUCUUCUCGGAAACUUCCUUCCCACGGGCACUCUCCUCACCUUCGAGAUGGUGCUGCCUUCAAUCUACAAGAACGGAGAGUGCAGCCACGUGCAGACCCUCAUGAUCAACUUCCUCCUCGCUGUCUGCGCCCUCUCAUGCUUCUUCUUCCACUUCACUGACAGUUUCCACGGUCCUGACGGAACCCUCUACUAUGGCUUCGUCACCACUCGCGGCCUCUCCGUCUUCAAGCCUUCUCUACCCGCCGUCCCUGUGCCUCGCGACGACAAGUUCAAGGUGGGGUUCAACGACUUCGUCCAUGCCGUCAUGUCCGUGAUGAUCUUCGUGGCCAUUUCCGUUUCCGAUCAUAGGGUCACCAACUGUCUGUUCCCUGGGCGCGAGAAGGACUUGGAGCAGGUUAGGGAGAGUUUUCCUCUCUUGGUCGGACUACUUUGCAGUGGCUUGUUCCUCAUCUUUCCCACCUCCAGACAUGGAAUUGGUUGCAUGUCUGCCUAGUUCCUUCUGUUUCUUUCUUUAAGAUAAUGUCUUUUUUGUUUCAUCAAUAAAUAUUAGGGUUCUGAUGUAUAUAUCAUGUUUGAUUCUCUUCAUAAUAUAUGAUGUAUGAUUCUCUUCGUAACUGACAUUCUCAACAGUGUAUGUUCUCCAUUUUUUUCUGUGCAUUAACAAAACUGGGUGCUCACACAGCUCUCAAAGUUGGUGGAGUCUCGAGUUAGUACAGGGUCUGUGUUUCUUUGAGGGUAGUUUCUUAUGGGACAGUUGUACAAUAAAUUUGCAUUAUGAUAAUAAGUUAAUGAAUGUGGAUAUCGCUGCAGAUCCUCUUCCAUUUGUCUUGUACUUUCUUUAAUAGUUUCAAUUUCAAGUAGUGCAUUUAAAUGAAACACUUUGUAGUUUAAUUAAGGAAAAUUUUCCUUCUAGGAAACAAUGAAUGCUAAAGGGAAAUUCCCUUCUCAAUAAUGAAUGGAAAUAUG